AUGUCUGCGCAUGCGACAACCACAGAAGACAGAAAUAAAGAAAACGAGAAGGGCAAGAAAGUAAAAAAUCGCAGUCGCAAACAGCCGCGCACCACGAAUCCCAAGAAACAAACCCAUGGCCAUCCCGACCAUGACGACACUACUACCAUCGCAGAUGCGUGCCAAAACGAGGACGACACGAACCACCACCUGGUCUUAGACCAAAUACUAACCCCCUCUCUCGCGGCCCGCACCACCUCAGCCCAACACAUCCAGAUCUUUGUAGACUAUAUAAUGGUCGCCUGGCCGUGCUUGUUCAAGUGUACCGAAAAAACGACUCAAGUCAGCUGGGUCGCCUACGCCGUUUCGCGUGGUGCCGGCGACGACAGCAAUGCUUUUGAUCUGGGGUUGAGGUCAAUGACAUACUCCUUCAUGGGCGCGAGCGCGCGGGACCAGAAACUCGUCAAUGCUGGACGUCAACUGUACGGCAAAUCACUACGGUGUUUGGCCUCUAAUCUUUCGAGGUUGCAAAAUGUGUCCCCCACUAAAAGGGGGUAUGUGGAUGAAGCGGUCCUUGCUGGAGCGGUGUUGCUGAGUGUCUAUGAGAUGCAUCAUGGCGCUUCGGCGGAGGCAUGGCUGUACCAUCACGCGGGGAUAAUUGAGAUGAUGCGAAUGCGCGGCGCGGAGGCUCAUGUCAUCACCGUGUUCGGGGGCGCGAUAUAUCUCGCUUAUCGUGGGUUUUUCAUUACUGCUUCGCUACUCAAGGGCGAAGCAUGUUUGUUAGAGCAGCGCGAGUGGCAGGCUAUAAGUGAGCGGAUCGAGGUCGAAAAUGCACGGCGACCGGACUCGUCGGUGUUUACUGAAAUCACGGAACGCGCGUUUCGGGAGAUGGUCAAGCUCCCCGGCAUGCUCAAGAGGGUAAGGGAGUUGUGGGAGAUGCCACCCGUCAACCAGUUUUUGCUUCGACCGCAGCUCAAGCAGGAAUUGGCGGCGUUGAGGGCGGCGUUGAGGGGGUUGCAUGCUGAGCUUGGGAUUACGGUUGCUACACAUGGAGGGCCUGAUACCCCCACCGCUAUUGCAGGUCAGAAGAAGGAUAUGUUUGUCGGGCCAGUGUUGUAUAGAUUUUUCGAUGGCUUUACAGCAUUGGCGAUUCGCGGGAUUCGGACUGGUAUCAUCCUUGUGAAUCAUCUCCUUUUGCUGCUCACGCCAGAAAUGAAUGUGCGACAAAUGCUUCAUGAAGAGAUUCAGACUCUGUCACGAGAUGAUGGAUUGACAACCCACAGUCUCGUUGCUACUGAGGCCAGACCAUCACCAUUCUUCAUGAUGGAUACGACCAAACGCCCCUUUCCCAUCCGAAUCGAGAGUUUGAUGAAUCCGCGCUUUCGGCAGGGUCCGAAUACGGCGUGGACAGAUGGGAUUGCGACUAGUUAUGGAAUGUUGGGCGUGAGGAUACACGUUGACUAUGAUUAA